AUGGCCUUGCAGCUCCAAAGUGCCGGGGAGUCCAUGGGCAGCCUCACCCUCCUAGAUGGCGCUCCCAAGUACGUGUCUGUGCAUUGGAUCCACUACCAGAGACGCCUUGCGGACACCAAGGAGGAAGAAGAGUCUUUACUGCUGUGCGCAUUCCUCAUGCAGUACCUGGAUGUCGACUUCCGUGAGGUCCGCCAGCAAUUGAAGCAGUGUCCGAAUCGGGGCGCCAAGGAAGAAGCCGUCACUGACAUCCUCUUCAAGGCGUACCCAAAACAUCGCUCAAGACGACUGGGCGUGGCCACGGCUAUGCGUGCCUUCUGCGAGUUCGUCACCGUCGGUUCCAACUAUGAGCCCCGUGCGAAGUUCCAGGGCGAUGCCGUGCUCAUCAAGCCGUCCAGUCCGGGCAAGUCGACGAGGCAAUUGCCAACCGACUAUGGCCUCUCGCAAUGCCUUCACGGAAGAGUCAAGGUCAAGAUUGUCGACGGUGUUCACGAGAACUUCACGUUAGGCCCAGGAGGUCGAGAAUGUGCAGCGAUCAUCAAUCAGCAGAUUAUGGGCUGA